AUAUAUAUAUAUAUAUAUAUAUAUAUAUAUAUAAAAUCAGUGAAAAACCCAGAUGUGUUUUAGUACCGUUAGAGCGGUGUAGGCGCCCGAAAAAAAAUGUACAACUUGUUAUUUUUUUUGUUUAUUAUAAAAAUAUAUGAAUCGUUAUAACAAAUAUUCUGUUUAUUUCAGCUGGUUCAUUUUUUCUUCAGAAAAAUUCGAUAAUAAUUUUAUCAUUGAGUUUUUCUGAAUUACAUGCCGUUACUAGUUUAAAACUACCAAUUGAGUGUUAGUUUAAAAAAAUGAAUAAAAACAUCUUGCAAAACUCAUUAAGAAUAUAACGAAAUGUUGAUUUUGAAAAUUUGACGACUUCAUUGAUCACAUGACAAUUCAUUAAAAAAAUGUUUUAACUUUAAAAUUUCAAUUUAGUAGAAGUAAAAUUGUCGUGAAAUUAUUAUUUAUACAUUUGAAAAAUAUUUUAAGUUUGAACAGACUUCAUUAUAAUUCAAACAAACUCAUUUUAAAAAAACAUUAUUUUGACUUCCCUACUUUAGCAUUUUUAAUGUUACAUUUUUAUUACGUAUAUGUAAGUGCUUAUUUGAACUGCAUAUUUAAAGAAUUAAGUAUUCUAAAAUAAAAUAGUUUUCUUAACGUAACUUAUAUAGCAGUUCACGGCGAAAUUCGUAUAUAAAUAACUAAAAAAGAUAUAAUAAAUAUACCAACUUCAUAGCUUCGGAUAAACACUAACAUAAGUGAAAUUUAAAAAAUAGCAAUGAUGGCGCCGGUUUAAGCUCGAAGGUAGGGUUAAAAGGACAGAUAUUGUUUUCCUUUUAUAUUGCAUUUUUAUAUUAUUUUAUAAAUGUGAAAAAGAAGCAGUGGGUAGUGCCCCUUGGGACUUUUGACACCCUAGUUGCCGCAAUCAAUACAAAAGUGGCAUCCAUAAAUAAACUGGGUUUUUCACUUAUAAUAUAUUAAUAUAUUUAAUAUUAUAAUAUUAGGUUUUUAUUUAAAAUUUAAAAAAAUAUAAAUUCUUAUUUUUAAUUUAUAUAGAUGUUAUACAAAUUGAAUAAUAAAUCUAAAAUAAAGAUGAUCAUUAAAAUCAUUCUAGUAACUAAUCUUCUGUUUGUGAAUAUAUUCCUAAUUUUAUUUAUAAUUACAGGAAUAAAAAAGAAACAUGCCAAAAAGGAACUUCAAGCAUUUAAGUGAGCUUUCCCGUUCUCAAGCUUAUAAAAGAUUGAGGGCUGUUAGAAAUGCAAAUGAGAGAUCAAGUGAAUCUUCAAAUGAGAAUUCAGAAGACUCUUCUUCUGAAGGUGAACCUGAUGCACAUAUGCAAGAAUUAAUUAUUCCUGCUGCUCAUCAUGUGUCAGACAGUUCCGAGCCAGACGAAGCUAAUGUAGUGAUUGAUAAUGCAGCAAAUGCACCUGCAAAUAAUAUUAAUGAGGAGCUAGUUGUGGGAGUGAAUGAAUCAGCAGAUGAGAAUAUUUACAGUGAGGGAGGUGCAAAUGUUGUUGUAGAUAACCUUGAGGGAGAUAGUUCUACUUCAUCUGAUAAAGAAAAUUUACAUUUUCGAACUGAAAUUGCUAAAUUUGUUGUAAAAAAUGUUUUGUCAAGAAAUGCAACACAGGACUUGUUACGUGUUUUAAGACGACAUGAUUGUCAUCUUAGUUUGCCACGAACUCGUGGCGCUCUUGUUCAAACACCUCGAGAAAGAGUAGUGCUACGUGAUGUGCCACCUGGCAAAUAUUACCAUUUCGGAUUGAGAAAAGGUUUAGUUAACUCUUUAAAACUUACUCAUGAAGACCUAGCACUUAAGGAAAUCAUAAAAGUAACAUUUAAUAUCGAUGGAGUUAGCAUUUCUAAAAGUUGUAGCAGUCAGUUUGUUAGCAUUCUUGGAAAAAUCAAUAAUAUUCAAGCUGUACCAGUUUUUAAAGUAGGAGUUUAUCAUGGAUACAGUAAACCUGAUAGUGCGGCAUUAUUUUUACAAGAUUUUGUUGAAGAAAGUUAUGAUCUUUGUACUAAUGGGCUGUUUUACAACAACAAACACUUUAUAGUGAGAAUAAACUGUUUUGUUUGUGAUCUGCCUGCAAAAGCUUUUAUACUUCAAGUUAGAGGUCACAACUUCACCAAAGGUUGUGGAAAAUGUCAAGUUGUAGGAUUUAGUAAUAAUCGUAGGAUGUGUUUUUUGGAUAACAAUGCAGAGGAACGUACUGAUGAAAGUAUAAGACAGAAACAUGAUGAUCAAUAUAACAUUUCAGACUGUCCUUUGAUAAGAAUCCCAUUUCUUGAUCUUGUAAAAAUGUUUCCUAUCGAUCCACUCCACCAGCUUUAUAUUGGAGCAUGCAAGAAAAUUCUUAAAAUGUUAUUUGGAAAUAAACCUUCACCACAUAGGUUGCACAGAAGAUUCAUCACAAGAGCAACUAUGGAAUGUGGGCGAAUCAAGAGAUACAUUCCUAUGGAAUUUCAAAGAAAGCCACGGGAAGUGGAGUCUGUUGGUUCAUUCAAGGCAACAGAAUGUCGUUUUUUUUUAUUAUACACUGGUCCUGUCAUUCUUAAAUGUAUUUUAGAUGGAAGUAGAAAAAACAAGGAUAUUUACGAUCACUUUGUUGGCUUACAUGUAGCUAGCCAGAUGUUGAGUCGUGAAGCAACUGCUGCAGAUCUUGCAUAUUGUGAUAUGCUUUAUCGAAAUUUUACAAAUGAUUUUCCAGCAGUAUAUGCUGCUGAGUUUGUGAGCCAAAACAUACAUUCACUGAUUCAUUUAGCAGGUGAUGCAGAAACAUACGGGAGGUUAGAAAACUUUUCUGCGUUUCAAUAUGAAAAUGAAAAUGGCGCUAUAAGAAAGCUAUUAAAAGAAUCUCCAAGACCACUUCAGCAGUUAGUCAAACGUCACCAAGAAUUAUUACUCAACUUUCCACCAGUAAAAAAAAGACCAUUCAAUAAAGUGAAGUUUGUGAAACUUCACAAAAAUGGAUCACUAGUUGAAGGUGUAACAGGAUCACAAUUUCAAGAAGCACAAUUUGAAGGAUUCAAAUUGACUAUAAGAGAGCCAGAUAAUUGCUUUACAACUAACACUGGGGAUGUUUGCUUAGCUAUGAAUUUUGUAAAGAACUUGCUUACAGGAGACAAAGUAAUAAUAUCUAUGAUCUAUUCAAACAAAAUAGAUCUCUAUACAUAUCCUCGUAGAUCAUCCUCUUUGGGAAUUCACAUUGUUCAAGAUUGCAGUAACAGAAUUGUUGUACCUAUAAUAGCUGUAAAAUGCAAAUGUGUAAGGGUACCAUACGAUGAUGCUACAUUAGCUGUUUUCCCAAUGGCCCACUGCAAUUAAUUAUGCUAUGGAGUAUUUCGUUUUAAAGACCCUGCACCCCACACUGAGGUCAUUUUAAUGUCUUGGCUUAAAAAUGAAUUAACUGCAUCAUAUCCUGUAUCUUCUUCGUAUCUUAUUAUAAAUAAAUUAUUA